AUGCCCAGACCCACCUCCCAGGACUUGGCCGGAUUCUGGGACCUCCUGCAGCUCUCCAUUGAUGAUGUCACUGCCAAGUUUGAUGAGCUUCAACAGAUCAAAAGCAACGCCUGGCAGUUGGUCGAGAGUCCGGAGAAGAAGGAAACAAAGUGGCCUCCUCCUUUGGUGAAGCGGCCGUCCAAGGGCCGAGCUGGAAUCGCUCGAGAAAGAUCUCUGGACCUGGAAGACCGUCAGAGGCAGGAGGCGCGCAGACGCCUGAUGGCCGCCAAGCGAGCAGCUUCCUUCAGACAGAACUCUGCCACUGAACGUGCAGACAGUAUUGAGAUCUACAUCCCAGAAGCUCAGACCCGACUCUGA